AUGGACAUUUACCUCGUGACGGGCAACAAACACAAAAGACUGGAGUUCCAGCGCCACAUGAAUGGCGAGCUGGAGGUUCACUUCGCGGACGUUGAUUUGAUUGAAAUUCAGUCCAAUGACAUCGUGAAGAUAAACGAGCACAAGGUCAAGUGUGCUCAUGAGAUUCUGAGCAAAGAUACAUCAGGGGAGAGUCAGGCGAGAAAGAAGCUAGUAAUCACAGACGACACAGGACUCUACAUGGAGUGUUUGGGUUCUUUCCCUGGCCCAUACAUCAAGUGGAUGCACAAGAGUGUAGGUUCGCAGGGAAUUGUGGACGUGGCUACGAAGUUCCAGAAUAACAAGUGUUAUGCCAUUUGCGUGUAUUCCGUGUACGACGGGAAGGAAGUGUACUCCUUCGAGGGCGUCACUCAGGGAACGAUUACCGGUCCCCGAGGGUCAACCGACUUUGGCUGGGACAAUAUUUUUUCCCCCGAGGGGUGUAGCAAAACGUUUAGCGAAAUGUCCUUCGAGGACAAGCAGGAAUCCUCCCCGCGUUUCAAGGCCUUCCUGCAGCUGAAGGCGCGGGACGUGAUGUUCCUGACGGAGGACCAGGACCCCGAGGAGCUGAAGAAGGAGGCCAAUGAGAAGGCGAGGCGGAGGAGGCAGUCCUUCGAGGACAAGCAGGAAUCCUCCCCGCGUUUCAAGGCCUUCCUGCAGCUGAAGGGAACGAUUACCGGUCCCCGAGGGUCAACCGACUUUGGCUGGGACAAUAUUUUUUCCCCCGAGGGGUGUAGCAAAACGUUUAGCGAAAUGUCCUUCGAGGACAAGCAGGAAUCCUCCCCGCGUUUCAAGGCCUUCCUGCAGCUGAAGGCGCGGGACGUGAUGUUCCUGACGGAGGACCAGGACCCCGAGGAGCUGAAGAAGGAGGCCAAUGAGAAGUGGGCGACGGGCGAGGCGGAGGAGGCGAACGCCCUGUGGAGACAGGCCCUGAAGGAGUGCAUCAAGUACUCCAUGAGGGGAUUCCCAACGAAGAAGAACACAGACAUGCAACUGACCUUGCGCCUCAACCUAUCCCUUUAUCAUUUUAAAAAAAAAGAAUUCCAUGAAUGCAUUAACCAAUGCGAUAUCAUUUUGGAGGGAGUGGCCGACCUGGACGGACUCCUCAAUCGAUACGAGGUGGAAGUUACGCAGUCGGAGGUGACACCCAUGAAUGGAAUGGCGGCCCCCGCAACACUCCCAGCCCAUACGGAGGAGACGGACGCAUCCACAAGGGAGAAGAAAGAACAGGACACGUGCGUGCUCAGGAGAGAUACACUGGUGAAGCUUUUUCUCCGCAGGGCCUACUCCUAUCUGAUGUUGCAGGAAUUCGAAAAGUGCAGGGAAAACCUCCAGCUGGUAAAACGAAUUGACCAGGGGAAUGCCGAGUUGAUGAAUUUGGAACGGAAGGAACAAGUGGAGCGAGUCGAUUAUGCGAAAAGGCAAAAGCAGUUGUACAGGCGAAUGUGCAACGCGAGUGGCGUGUUGCCUGAGUCUAAGGGGAAGGGAUGA